GGCGGAGGAGCCGCCGGCUCUGACCUCGCUCUGGCUCCCGUGCGCGCAGCGGAGAGCGUGCGAGGCCCCGCGCGUCGGGCAGCGGCGGCGACUGCGCGCCGCCCUGAGGAGCGCCCCGGCGGCGGCGCGGCUGCGGCUGAGGAGAGAGCCGGCUCCGGGCCUCCGCGUCCUCCUGCUCCCCGGGCCCCCCGCCUCCCCGGGGGGGCGGCGGCGGCGAUGUUCUCAGUCCUCUCGUACGGGCGGCUGGUAGCCCGCGCGGUACUCGGCGGCCUCUCGCAGACCGACCCCAGGGGCGGCGGCGGCGGCGGCUGCGACUACGGGCUGGUGACGGCCGGCUGCGGCUUUGGCAAGGACUUCCGUAAGGGCCUCCUUAAGAAGGGCGCGUGCUACGGGGACGACGCGUGCUUCGUGGCCCGGCACCGCUCGGCAGACGUGCUCGGUGUUGCAGAUGGUGUAGGAGGAUGGAGAGACUAUGGAGUUGAUCCAUCUCAGUUCUCAGGGACUUUAAUGCGAACGUGUGAACGUUUAGUAAAAGAAGGACGGUUCGUACCAAGUAAUCCCAUUGGAAUUCUCACCACAAGCUACUGUGAGCUGCUGCAAAAUAAAGUACCUUUGCUCGGGAGUAGCACUGCCUGCAUCGUGGUGCUAGACAGAACUAGCCACCGCUUACACACAGCAAACCUGGGUGACUCGGGCUUCCUGGUCGUCCGGGGCGGCGAGGUUGUACACCGGUCAGACGAGCAGCAGCAUUACUUCAACACUCCAUUCCAGCUCUCCAUCGCCCCACCCGAAGCCGAGGGAGUCGUCUUGAGUGACAGCCCAGAUGCUGCUGAUAGCACGUCCUUUGAUGUCCAGUUAGGAGACAUUAUCCUGACGGCAACAGAUGGACUCUUUGACAACAUGCCUGAUUACAUGAUCCUUCAGGAGCUAAAAAAGUUAAAGAAUCCCAGUUAUGAAAGCAUACAGCAGACUGCAAGGAGCAUCGCUGAGCAGGCUCAUGAGCUGGCCUAUGACCCAAAUUAUAUGUCACCUUUUGCACAGUUUGCAUGUGACAAUGGAUUGAAUGUGAGAGGUGGAAAGCCAGAUGACAUCACCGUCCUUCUUUCAAUUGUGGCAGAGUAUACAGACUGACUCAUGUAGAGUCAACUCCUGCCUUUCACCGUCCCAAAUUCUCCCCUGCCGUGUGCUGAUCCUGCAGGCAGGACCAUGUUUCUUUGUCACUGAUCUCAAUGGCCAGUGAUGUGAGCUUUCUGCCUGUCUCUUUGAGACCCAGUUGAUGUCUCUGUUGAGAACCACUACUGUCAGUCACUAGCUCGUAUCUGCCAGCAGCAGUGGAAGAGAAUCAAGAUUUGAAGAUUGACCUUCAUUUCUCCUUGUCCUUUUCAUGAUGAGAUGGAAAUUUUCAAAGUCAAAAUGGCCAUUACAUUCAAAAGUAGUUGAAGUGUUGAAAGUGAAUAUGUUGGUACAGCAAAUUCAAAAUCAUAUUGUGUAAAAGAGAUUUUUUAAAUCUAACAAAUCGUAUGUUACAAUACAUCUACUAGAAACAUACAUAAUUCAUCCAGAAAAAGUUAACGUGUACUACACAAGCAUAGUCUUUGUUAUGAUGAUUGGAUGUGGCUUUACGUUUUUAUUAUAAACUCCAGCUUUUUUCAGGGGUUUAUAAUUCUGCUCUAAAACAUUGCUCUGGGUUAUAAAGUCUUGAUCCCACGAGCUUUUUUGUUAGAAAUUGGGGGAAAAAAUUCAUUUUAGUUCUGUGGAUGCAUAUGUGUUGUGCUUUUUUCUAAAGAUGCUUAAUUGUGCUCUUUGUGACUAAAGUUUUGACUGUUGAUUAGCCCAAAUCAUAGACUGGUUGCCUGACCUACAGGAGGGGUGAGGGAGAUUCCUUACCAAAUUUUUUUUUAGUGGAAAUAUUACUAAAACUUCUCAAAGCCUAGAAAUUUAAUGUUAUGGCUGAAAUUCCUCCCAGCUAUCUGGUAUGAUGCCCCCACAUGGGAGCUCAAAGCCCACAGGCCUAAUGUGUUGAAUGGACACCUGUUUGCUUUUGCUAGCCCUGCUGCCCACAGUCUCACUCUGGGACCUUUUAUUGUAGCCUUGCUUUCUCUAGAGCAUGCACCAAAUGCAAUGUGUCCGCAUGGGAAGAGCACCGUGUGCAGCGGCAGCAGCACCAGCGUCCGUACGUCAAACGCCUGGCAGUGGUCCGGUAUUUGCAUCUGCCCUAAACAGAUGUUAGGGGUUUCUGAAUGGAGCUUAAUAAUGUUUACAGUUUCCGAAUAGCCAUUUUGCAGUGUAUAGUUUCCUUAUAAAACUACCCCACAUUCAGUUUUCCCAUUAUCUGCAGACUCAAACUUAUUUUUAAGGUUUGUGUACAAGUUGACUGCUGUAAAGAUAUAUAUUUUUGGGUCAGUUUUUCUCUUCAUUAACUUGGUGGUAGAAAAAUAUAUAUACAUAGAAAUCCUUAAAUUAAAGCCAUGUUUUAUAUAUAAGUCAGGUAACAUUGGUGUAUAGAUGAGAAUGCAAUUAAACCUGGUAAGAAUCUACUUGAGAACAUAGAAGGUCUUUUUCUCUAAAGGAGAUACUUACUUCCUGGUUUAUUGCAUUAAAACUUAUGUUUGAGGUUACCUCAACUUGUUUUAAAAGAUUUUGUUUUGUGAAUUUGUACUGUAUAUUUGAGUAACUGUCAAGCUUUUGUUUUAUUUAAAAUUGUUUAACAUGUACCAUGUACAUGUCAUUACUAUAUUUCAAUGCAUCAUGCUUGUAACAGGCAUUUCAUUUAUAAUAAGAAUGAGUUAUUCAUUUGUAAGCCGUUCAGUAAUUUAUCUACUAUUCCUAAAUUGGCAUAAUGUUAGGUAUCUAUUUUGAAUCACCUUUAAUUACAUGUCAGAAUGCCUUAAUACCCUAACUUGACAAAACAGAAUUUUUUGGUAGAGGAUAAUGGGGGGAGGGGGGAUGGAGGGAGACUUGGUUUAAAUAAUGAGAAGUUGUUGUGCAAUGAUAGAACACAGAAAGCGUGAAUGGCAAGUGGCGGGGUAUUUAUUUUGCACAAAUUGUUUGCAGUCUCUGUGUAUUUAAAAAGUAAAGAAAGUUGCAUCCAGAAGGGUUUUGUUGGGAGAAAUACAUUUGUACUUGGGCUGACAACUUCAGUUCUUUAGUUUGGGUUUUUAAUUUUUUCUGGUCAGAGGUACAUAGCCUUAUGAUCUGGAUAUAUUUUGCAUUAAUUUUCCAAUGCCUGCACUUAAUUCCUAGGAAGAGCAGUGCUGGUCAAGUGAGGUGUUCUCUGCUCUCAUUUAACCCGUCAAACACAAUCGUUGUAGAGCUGGGUUGGUGGUUAUACACAGCUCAUUUAACCAACUUCUUAUUUGAGAUGGUUGUUAGAUAUUGACAGUGUGUUCCAGUGAUGUUGAAAAUAAUGGAACAAGAAUUAAGUUUCAGUGGAAUUGGCUUUGGACCUGGCCUAUAGGUUAGUGAUGUAAAAUAUUUUCUCCUCCACCCUGUCCGUUUUGUGUUAUGCACUUAAUUUUGUGACUACUAGGGUCGGCUGGAGUGCUACUUACCGAGCAACUCCCCUCCCUCGCAGUGGUCAGAGGCUGUACUGGACCCACACUAGAAUUCCAGGUCACGGGACCCCAGCCUCUGGGGGUGUGACUGUGCUAUAUACCACUUGGUGGGUCUGAUGCUGAAUAUGGUGUGUGUG